GGGUGCCCAGGGUCAUUAUGCCUACAAACUCCUGAAUGACUUGAUGGAGAACUACUCCAAUGCUCUGAGACCCGUGGAUGAUACAGACAAAGCCCUGAACGUCUCGCUGCAGAUCACGCUGUCACAGAUCAAAGACAUGGAUGAGAGGAACCAGGUUCUAACCACAUACCUGUGGAUCAGGAAGGUCUGGUACGAUGCUUACCUGAAGUGGGAAAAGGAGGACUAUGAUGACCUGGAGAUGAUCAACAUCCCCAGUGACCUGGUUUGGAAGCCGGACAUUGUCCUCUACAACAAAGCAGAUGAGGACUCGUCAGAUCCAUCCAGCACUAAUGUAAAGCUGCGUUAUAAUGGAGAGAUCAUCUGGGACUCUCCUGCCAUCACAAAGAGCACAUGUGUUGUGGAUGUCGCUUACUUCCCCUUUGACUGGCAGCAGUGUAACCUCACCUUUGGCUCCUGGACCUAUAAUGGCAACCAAGUGGACAUCAGUUUGGGCAUGGACAGUGGAGACUUGUCUGACUUUGUGGACAAUGUGGAAUGGGAGUGCCAUGGCAUGCCUGCAGUCAGAAAUGUUAUGAUGUAUGGCUGCUGCUCUGACCCCUACACUGAAAUCACCUACACCUUGCUCCUGAAGCGCCGCUCCUCUUUCUACAUCUUCAACUUGCUCCUGCCCUGCUUCCUCAUCUCAUUUCUCGCCCCACUGGGUUUCUACCUGCCGGCCGACUCUGGGGAGAAGGUAUCCCUUGGAGUCACGGUGCUGCUGGCACUCACUGUGUUCCAGUUGCUGGUGGCUGAGAGCAUGCCUCCUGCAGAAAGCAUGCCAUAUAUAGGAAAAUACUACAUCGCCACCAUGACUAUGAUCACAGCCUCUACCUCUCUGACCAUCUUCAUUAUGAACAUUCAUUUCUGUGGUGCUGAGGCCAAGCCGGUGCCUCACUGGGCCAAGGUGCUCAUCAUCGACUACAUGUCCAAAAUCUUCUUCGUCUAUGAGGUGGGGGAGAACUGCACCACACCAGAGACUGAACGGACACCACUGUACCCUGAGGAACCCUUAGGCGAUAAAGGCUGUUACUAUGAGGACAAUUUCCAUGAAAGUAGCCACAAUCAUGACCAAUACAAGUACAGCAAUGGCCACAGUGUGCAUCAUAACAAUGUGCAUCACAAAAGUCAAGUGAAUGGCUCUGCCAAGAACAAGAAUCAUCAUCAUUACAACAACCAUAACAACCACGCUUCCAGACUGGAGAGGGGUGAGAGAAAGCACUACCAUCACAUCAGACAAGAUGAACUGGACCAUCAGGUCCCUUCUCAUCCACAAAACCUGCAGCACCUCAAUCAGGUGCUGAAGGAGCAGCUCCUUUAUCCAACAGAGAAGUAUCAAAUCCCUGCCUGUCCCUGCUGCUGUACCUGUCGCCAGCAUGAAAAGGUGGUGAGCAACAUCCAAUAUAUCGCCAACUGCUUCCGUGAGCAGAGAGCUACAUGUGUCAAGGUAGCAGAGUGGAAGAAGGUUGCCAAGGUGAUGGAUCGUUUUUUCAUGUGGAUCUUCUUCAUUAUGGUCUUCCUCAUGAGCAUCCUCAUCAUUGCCAAGGCCUCCUGACAUCCCAAUCCUCUCCUUUUGACCUUCAUUGAAACAUUUAUUCCCGGACGUUGCUGGACCUUAGUGUUACUCCAGAGUUACCUCAUUUCUACUUUAAAAACUCUAAAACUGUUUUUGUCUAAAAUAAGCUUGCAAUUGAUACACCAGUGUUGUGUUGUGUGCUUGUGUGGGUUACAUGUUGUUGUUUUUUGCUUUGACACAAGGUCACUGCACACAACACAUCCAUUUACAAACAGAAUCACACAAGGCUCUCAGUUAGUUAAAGUCAGAUCUACUUCCAUGUGUCAUGAGCACUGGAGUGGUAAGACAAUCUGGGCCUCGCCUUGAACAUGCAUGAUCUUUCUAUUAUUGAUGAGCCAACAGCCAGAAAUCCAGCUAUAGGCAUUUCAUUAUUUACAUUACAUUUAAAGCAACCAGAAGAAACUGUUUUCCAGAGACAGUUACAAUGAUAGCAUCAGUUGAAUAACCUAAAUACCUGUAAAACAACCUUGAAGGUCAUUUAACAAACAGGGCAAAGGUCAGUGAGACAUUCUACCGGCUGUAACCAAAUAGUGAAUCACGCCACAAGCUUUAGACAUUAAAGCCAGGUGAUAGCGUAUGCGAUUUUUCUGUCUUUUAUGAUUGUGAGUAGUGAAUGUGACAUAUUUAGUGAAAAGAGGCAUUUUCAUGUGUGUUUGAAAAGAGCCCUACACUGAUAAUGCAACAUUUAGACCUUAAAGCUUGUAUCCAGAGUUUUACAUGUUUUAUUCACGACACGAUAAUGCUUUUGCUUAUAAAUUGUUCAUUUAUGUCUACAUGCUUUUUCUGAAAAAAAAAGUAUUGCUUUAGUGCAUACAAGGUGUUAUUUCGCUUUGCUCAUUAA